ACACAAUAUCUUAAUAAUGUCAUUCAGUAUUAAAGUAUUGGGUGUUUAUUAAACAUGGUUUUGUGGAUUCUUGUAGCAAUUUUUGCUGCUUUAAUUUAUUUAAUUAAUCAGCAUUACUUUAGUUAUUGGUCAAAACGUGGAAUUCCAAACAAUGAUCCAACUUUUAUAUUGGGAGAUUUAGGAAGUAUACUUUUUGGACAAAAACCUUUUGGUGAAUUCUUUCGUGAUAUUUACGAAAAAAAUAAGAAUCAUAAGAUUAUUGGAUUGUAUCUCAGUUAUAGACCAGCUAUUUUAGUCAAUGACCCAGUCUUGGUUCAAGAUUUGAUAAUAAAAAAUUUUACAAGCUUUCAUGAUCGAAGUUUUACUGUCGAUGAAGAAGUCGAUCCUUUGACAGCAAAUUUGUUCCUUCUAACUGGUCAAAGAUGGAGAGACUUAAGAGUUAAAUUGUCUCCAACAUUUACAUCUGGAAAAUUAAAGGGAAUGUAUCCAACUAUUAGAGGAUGUGCUCAAGUACUUCAAGAUUAUCUUGAUAAAGAAGUGAAAAGUGGAAAUGAUGUUUUUGACAUUCGAGACUUAAUGGCUCGUUUUACCACAAAUGUUAUCUCCUCUGUCGCUUUUGGAAUUGAUAAUGACUGCAUUAAUGACCGUGAAAAUAUUUUCCGAAAAAUGGGAGCAAAAAUUUUUAACAGGAACUUUAAGCAAGUAUUUUUAGGUCUAAUAUUCGUGUUUAUACCCAAAUUGUUUACAUCUCUCAAAAUCAAAACCAAGCGAAUUCCACAAGAUAUAGAAGAUUUCUUUAUGUCAGUUGUCAAGCAAACAAUUGAUCAUCGUGAGAAGAAUAAAGACCUGGAAAGAAAGGAUUUUAUGCAAUUACUUAUUCAACUUAAAGAUCAAGGCUUCAUUAAAGCUGAUAAAGAUAAUUCACUUGAUGAUAAAUCCGGAAUGGAAACAAAUACCAAAAGUGAUUUGAAAAAAUUGACUUUCAAUGAAGUUGCAGCACAAGCUUUCUUGUUCUUUAUUGCUGGCUUUGAGACAUCAAGUUCAACAUCAAAUUUCUGUCUCUUUGAGUUAAGUCGACAUCCAGAAAUUCAAAAGCAAGUUCAAGAUGAAAUCGACAAAGUAACAAAAAAAGCAAAUUCCAAAGAAAUAUCUUAUGAUAUGUUGGGAGAAAUGAAGUUCCUCGAGUGUUGCAUUGAUGAAGCUUUAAGAAAAUACCCAAUUGUACCUAGCUUAAGUCGAGAGUGCAGCAAAGAUCACACAUUCCCAGGAACUAAAUAUACUAUUGAAAAAGGCACUAGUGUUUUUAUUUCCGUAUUAGGUUUUCAUCGAGAUCCUGAAAUUUACGAAAAUCCAAUAGAAUUUCGACCUGAAAGAUUUUUGGACUCGCCAACAGGAAAUGGAAAAUCAAAUGGAGUUUUUUAUUUGCCAUUCGGAGAUGGACCUAGAAACUGCAUUGGUGCACGAAUGGGAAAAUUACAAACAAAACUCGGACUUGCCAUGAUUUUGUCAAAGUUUUCAUUUGAACUUGCUGAUAAAAAUAUGAUGCACAGUGAGUUAGAAUAUGAUGCAACAAACAAUAUUUUGGCACCAAAAGAUAGCAUAAUGCUAAAGGCAGUUCCUCGUAUGUGAACUUUAGAAUGAUUUUUAUGAUGUUUCAUGACGACAAGAAGAUAAUAAUAAAAACAAAAUUGAUAGCUACUUAAUAAUCACUGCUUUCUUAUUAAAAAAGUCUCAAUGGGGUC